AUCUACGUAUUUACGGUCUAGAAGAGAGAAGUCUAUUUCUUUCACAUAAAGAGGUUUCUAUUGGAAUCACCUAUGCAACGAAAAGUCUUUGCUUAAGGAAACCAGGAACCACGUCCUGAGGCGCGCGUCAUGCGGUGUUCCAUCAGGAGAUGUCUGAUAACCUCAGUGAGCAUCCUAUUCCUGUGGCUCUUCAUCACUAUGCAAGUCCUCCAGGAAACUGAAGAUGACCAAGAAGCGAUGACUAUCAAAGGCCAACAGGCCAGUCAUGGCAGCAGGAAGGACCUGAGACAACUAGAAGACUGGCAGAAUAUCACCUUAAAAUAUAUGGAAAAAAUCCAGAGGAGAAAAAGGACGUGGCUGACAGUGGGGAUCUCCUCGCUGUCACAAGGGAAUGGAAGCAGGCUCUUGACCACGUUGAUCUCCCUGUUCCACAUUUCUUCUAAGACUGAGCGGAAACAUCUCACCGUGGUAGUUCACCUGGCAGAUUCUGAUCUCACCUGGCUCAGAGAAACUGUUGCCCACAUUUCAAACCUCUUUAGCCCACAGAUUGUGGCAGGGCAGCUGCUACUUAUCCACGCUCCACCGGACGCCUACCCCACUGCGGAUGGCAAGGCCGACCUCGAGGAGUUCUACUCCAAGCACAACAUAGAUCACGCCUUCCUCGUGAGCUAUGCCACAGGGCUCUCUGAUUACUUCCUGCUACUAGAGGACAAUGUCUUUAUUGCCCCCAACUUUGUCACCCACAUUCGUUCGAAGGUGACUGCCAUGAAGCACAAGCCCUGGGUGCUACUGGAGUUCUCGAACAGGGGCUUCCUUGGCAAAUUCCUCCACAGCAAGGAUCUCCCGCUCCUGGCCCACUUCCUUCUCCUCUUCCACAAGGAGAAACCCCUCGACAGGCUGAUCUCUCAUUUCCGUGCCCUCCUCACCCAGCAAGAGCCAAUCAUCUUCAGACCCUUCCUAUUCUACCACAGGGUCCCCUAUGAGGCCACUGAUGACAAGCAGAAGGCCACAGCAUUUCAGAACAGGAGAGCCUCUGGUCCCGACAACCCACCUGGAGCCGUUUUCACAGACAUGAAUGUCUUUGCUGUUCAUCAGCCCUGGGAGGCCUACACCCUGGACGAGUCAUUCUUCUGGACGUACAACGUUAGUACAGGGAAACACCUGACCGUGAUCCUGAACCAGCCAGCAAACCUGAGCAGAGUGCAGGUGCUGACGGGCUCCCUCGUGGGGGAAGUACUCCCUGCAGAAGGGGCAAGUGGAGCUGGGCUACAACCCCGAGGGGAUGCCUCAGUCCUGCACCAGCUUCGUCUUGCUGGGCCGGCUCUUGGAAGGACAGAUGGACCAGAAGAUAAUUCUGAAAAGCAUGGGGUUUGAGGUGAGCUGCGUGAGGCUGGUGGUGAAAGCUAGGCAGGUUGGUGGGCUCAUGAUCAGGCAUAUCUACCUCUGGAAGGGAAACGCCAAAUAGGAGGCAGGGGAUCGAAGUUGAUGAUAAAUCAGUAGGGGUUUGAAACAUUAAAAUCUUAAAGCCAUUUCA